AUGGCACCGCCUCUGCUCUACAAGUCCGGUUCAAGAGCGCUGAAAGAAGGGCUUUUGCGGAACUUGGCCAUCACAUUUGGACCAACCACGAAUAUUACCAUCGAAGAGCAGGAAGACGGUAAAAUCGAACCUUCGACCGCUCCAAACCUUAUCAGUAGACUCUCCAACCGGCAAAAUAACUAUGAUGUUCGUGUAAAGGCUGCUUGUGAGCUUUUGGGCCUCAUCAGCGACUUUCCUGCAGAGUCUGUGUUGAACGUCUGGAACGGAGCAAAUGACCUUGUCGAUAGAAGCGUGCCUCGCAAUAUCCGAAGAACAGCAUUGAUCCUACUGCAUGCAUGUUUGGGACGACUUGCUCCCACCAUGAACGAAAAUCUGGUUUUGGCGUUCUACUACAGUCUGAUAGGAUCGGACUUUCCCAAGUCAGACGAGUUGGAAUCCGAAUUAGACAUUUUCAUAGACUGCCUUUCUUCUCUAACCACUGAGGGAAGCAAGUUCCAGCUGCUUCUCAGACCGCAGGCGAACAUUUCCGGGCUGGAUGAAUUCUUGGAAAUCACACUAACCCACCUGGCAAACGAGCAUCAGGACAACGUCGCAGCUACCACGAAAACGCUGCAAUUCAUAUCAAACUGUGUCGAAAACGGUCUGUCUUUGAGCAAAGCUUCCCUUGACCAGAUAAUAGCCAUUGCUCACAACUCCCCGCAAGAAGAAGUACGACGGGUCUCGUUGAAAACCCUGGCUACCGCUACUCACAACAUUCCAGCACCGUUCCCGAGCAUACUGUCGGAAGAAGUCUCGUUACUGAUUCAGCUGCAGAACCGUGGCGACCACCUCGGCGAGUCGCUAGAACCACUUUUAGACCUCCUCUUUCUAGGGCGCGAUGCCCCGAAGCUUGUGGAAACCUUGUUCAAAUGGAAAGUCGACGAUAAAAGCCGGAUUGGUUAUCUUGUCUUACUUAUAAGCAUUUUGGUCGAGGGAAAGUUCGUGCCUUCAUGGCAGCACCGUGAACUCCCCGCCGAAUACGUGGGCAAUCUUCUGUACAAGCUUCUGGCCGAAAUGAAUGAGCAAGAAACUAGCUCUGAGAAUAUGCAGUAUUUCCUUGUGGACUCACUCACAAGGCUGAUUAAUUCUGAUACUUUUCUCACCUAUAUGCUCGACUUCCCGUCGUUCUGGAUCUCAAGCGAUUUGCCAGCUUCGCAUGGCGGAGCUCUCAACUUAGUAAGGUCCAUUUUAUCUACCACCAAUUUAAGCAAUCCGAGCAAGAGGCGCAUCCAGGCAUUUCUUGGCCGACUCUUUAAACUACUGCUUGCUAAAAAAGAGCGUCAGUUGGGAUUUCAAGAUAUCCCCAGGGCACUGUCAUAUUUGUUUGGAUACUGCAACUUACUGGACCCCACCUUAAUUGUCCAGUUCCUCGAUCUGUUAAAUCAAAACUUAGAGGAGACAGUGAAAUGGACCCCGUUUUUCCCUCAAAUCAUCACCAACUUUUACGAAGCAGACAAGUCCUCGAGCAUUAGAUGCCAGGUCCUUGUCCUUGUAGAAAAAGCUGCGAAAAAAGCAUUCAAACAAGAUGAUCAAAUCAGGACUCUCACAAUCCAAGCUAUACGGCGAUUAUUAUCUUCAUUGGAGACCGAAAACGACGAAAAUGUUACUGUGAAUCUGGUGGACCUCUACUCAAGUGCAUGCAAGUAUUUACCUGUGAACAUCGUUGAAAACUUGAACAACGAGUUGUUAAAUCCUGCCUUUACCAUGACUCCUGGAAGAAGACGCUCAAGCAUAAUCCGCCUUUCCCUUGGUCCUCCUACUGGCUCGAAAUGGUCUCGAAAAAAGCAGCUGUUGCUUGCGGAAGCUUCAUCAACGCUGUUUGCAUGGAGCAUGGCUUACAGACCAACGGAUUUGUUUGCUACUUUUUACCGCAUUUUAAUACGGACGGCUGAGUAUGCCUACCAAUUAGAAGAUGUCGAUUUGUAUUUAAUGUCCGCCAAGGUCUUAUCAAAACUUCAUUGUCGGGGUGCCAAUCAGGUCGUGAUGCUCGAGGUUAACGAAGUCGAGGGCAUCUCUACAGCUUUGAAUAGAAAUUCGAGAUUCGGCACCGCUUGCGAAGAUUCCAAGUGGUCUUUUCCUGAAAACAUUCAUUUUCUCAAGGAAGCUCAGCAGAUGUGCUUCGCCGGAGACGCUGCGCUCCCAUUAUUUGAAGAAAAAGAGGCGAGUUUGAACUCAUCUAAAAUCGAUAUAAGGCUGUGGAUAUCCAUUGCUAUUUUGACUCUUGAGAAGCCCUUUGACUGGGAAGUUUACUCAUACGUGUUGACGUAUAUGUGUCCUCAGUUUGCUAGCCUGACGCCUUUGAGGUCAAUUGACGACAUGGUAUUACGGUAUCAGGAAGUGAUCUGCAGUCACUUGAAGCAUGGUGCUUACAAAAAGCUCAAAGUACCCAAAUGUAUCAACACCGAUGAUCUGCACAUGGCUUAUAUUAGGAGCUUAUCGCCAAUGUUAGGGUACCAUAAAUAUGCACCAAAAGGGUUUGCCGAUGAAAUUAUGGGUUCUUUGCUCUAUGGGAUGCAAGCGACUGAAAAAACUCUGACUCUAUCUUUGAAUCUAUUAACCAUUUGCUCACAAGAAAUUCCCUUUUCUUUGAAGCGCUUCUUGGCUCCCAUUCUUGUACAAUUACAAACAAGAAUUACAAGUCCUUUCAGCACACCUGCAAUAUUGGAAUUUCUGCUCGCAUUGUCGGACUCCCCCGCCAUUAUCUCGCACUUAACACUAGAAGAAUUCAAGCGGGUUUUUGCAAUCGCGUUCAAGCUGAUUCAAAGCUCAAAAGAUCUUAAAGAAAGGGCUCAAACAAACAAUGUCGAGCAGCAUAUAUCUUAUACUGAACAAGACGCAGACUUUUCGCCAUCAACUUUGUCGUUCACUAUAAGCCCGUCCAUUGCGCACUUUUUCCUUACUCUGUCUUACACGGUAAUAUCAAGCUGGUUCUUGAGAAUGAGUUUUGCCAAUCGGAUGGAACUGGCUCCAUUUGUAGUGAAAAAUCUCAUUUCAAUUACAUCUGAGACAAACCGAUACGACUACGAUGCACACGCUUAUCUUGAUCUGGUAUCGCGAUUUGCCACAUCACGCAAUGACGCUGCACUUUACUCUAAAACGCUGGACGAGAGACCGCAUGGAGGUGACGACAAUUAUAGUCAUGGCACUUGGGUCCUUCCUAAAAAAAUAAUAAGCAUAGAAACUCAUAAAUUGACUGGGGACUCUACUGUAACGAUCAGAAGCAGUUCUGGCGCAGAGACCUUUAAGUUGCAAGAAAGACGCCCGGAAAUGCCAGCAACGUACGACAUUUUUUCCAUAAACCAGGAAGGACCUGCGGAAUCCACCAAUAUGGAGGACAAAACGUCUUUUUACACUGCUGCCUACACAUUAAUGCGACUGGGUUCAUUUACUCAGUCUCCUUUGAAAGUGCCAGAUGGUGAUUCGAUUGCGAGGUCUAUUCAACUUUUUGAUAAGAUUCCCUUUACCGAUUUCCACAAAAUUGGCUUACUAUACGUGGGAGCCCGGCAGCGGGGUGAAGCAGAAAUACUGUCAAACACUUCAGGGUCGUUGCAAUAUAACACAUUUUUAUCACGGCUUGGCCAAGUCAUUAGGCUCGAUGCCUCAAGCAAUCUUUACACGGGAGGUUUGGAACCUAGAACGGACGGCGACUACGCCUUGGUAUGGGGUGACGAAAUAACGCAGGUCAUUUUUCAUACCAUCACAUUGAUGCCCAACUGCCCGAAAGAUUCACAGUUUUCUUCGAAGAAGCGACAUGUUGGCAACGAUUUUGUCAGCAUUUUUUAUGAUGAGUCGGGCCGUCCGGGAUUCGAUUUUAAUCUGAUCAAGAGUCAGUUCAACUUCAUAAACAUCGUAAUAAAUCCGCUAGGAGCAGGAGAUAGUGGUCUUUUCAAGGUUCGCAUGUACAGAAAGGCCGGCGUUCCGGCAUUUUUUUCCACAUCCCAUUUCAAGAUCAUGACUGCUGGGAAUCUGGCAAAAUACGUGCGUCAGGUUUCAAUAAUAGCCGAUACAUUUGCAUCAAAUUGGUUCGCGACAAGUGCCCCAGAGCUUUGCACAACUUGGGCCCGCAGAGAAAAGCAUCUGAAAGUGAUUAAUGAAAAAUUAAGCCAGCAAGGGGAACAGAAAGAAAUGGUGAGAAAUUCGCUUGAUUUUACCAGCUACAUUUAA